AUGUCAGACGUCCAGAGAGGGUCUGGAGGGGGUGCUUUUCCCUUCGAAGUGGCAACCAAGAAAUGUGGCCAGGCGGAGCAAUGGAGCGCAGCCCUGCAGAUGCUCCGCGACGGAAUCCGAUCAGGUGGCAAAGUCCUCCGGGGCCAGUACAUUGCAACUGUGAGCGCAUGCAGAAAAGGCGGGCAAUGGCAACGGGCACUGGUGCUGCUCAGCGAGAUGGGGGAGUCGAAAUUGGAGCCCGAUGUCAUCAGCUAUAACGCUGGGAUCAGCGCAUGCGAGAAGGGCGGGCAGUGGCAGCGGGCUUUGGCGCUGCUCAGCGAGAUGCGGGACUCGAAGGUGGACCCAUGCAGUCAGCUUUAA